AUGUCUUUCAUAAGUGAAAGCAUUAUUCCAGAUUGCCGAAUCAAGCCUGCCCGAAAGCGCAUCAUAAUCUGCUGCGAUGGAACCUGGCAAUCCGCUGUCUCUGGAAAAGACAAUUGUCCAUCUAACGUAACACGUCUCUGUCGCGCCAUCAACAGCGUCGCUCGAGAUCCAAAUGAUGGAGAAACCUGGCAACAGGUCGUUUGGUAUGAUUCUGGAGUGGGAACCACAUCCACGGGUCUAGGACCUGGACUUGAGGGAGCGAUUGGUCAGGGAUUGGAAGGAAAUGUUAUCGAGGCGUACAAUUUCUGUGUACUGAAUUGGAAUCCGGGAGAUAAGAUUAUGUGUUUUGGAUUUUCUCGGGGUGCGUACACGGCGAGGACGAUUGCGGGUUUGAUUUCGGAUAUUGGGAUUUGUCCAAAGAGGCAGCUUCAACAAUUUCCUGAUUUGUGGAAGUUGUACAAGCAGAAAAAGUCCGGGGAUGAUGAGUCCAGAAAAAGGUUUUAUGGCAGUGCUCUGUACUAUAGUUGGCGAGAAGGGAGAGUCGCUGACCCGCAACCGGAUUCGGAGGAUCGACCUGAUGGAGGGUUAGUUUGGGAUAUAAAGGCUCAUGGUGAAUGGGCCCCCGAAGAAUCAAUGGAAGUAGAGGUGGUGGGAGUCUUUGAUACUGUCGGAGCUUUAGGGUUGCCAGAAGUGUUUGGGAUGGAAUUGCCCAAAUGGACGACUAUUGGUGAUAAGCCUGAAUGGCACAAUGUUGAGCUUUCAGCCAACAUCAAGCAUGCAUUCCAAGCGCUAGCCCUUGAUGAACACCGCGAAGCAUUCACACCUACUCUUUACUACAUCAAAAAGCCAGAGGAUUUUACAGACUCUGAAAUAGAGGCACAACGGACUAUAUCAGAUAAUGCAAAUAUAGAGUGGUAUGAUAUGGUUUCUAGUCCUGAACCUAAUCUCGAAAAAUUGAGAGAUCUGGCCAAAAUUCGAGACGAAGCCACUGAAAAGGUCGUUAAGAUGGAAGAAAACAAUAAGAUGAAGAAAGCACUAGUCGAUGGUGAGAAGGUACUGGAACAAGUCUGGUUUCCUGGCUACCACAUACACAUUGGUGGCGGAUCAAGUGAUACGCUUUUGAACAAGGACAAUAUGGAAGAAAUGUCCAACAUUACGUUAGCAUGGAUGCUAGACCAGAUCGAAAAAUAUGUGUCGAUUGACAGGGAAACCAUAAAGGAAGACGGUUACGAUCGUCAGGGGAAAUUCGCGCAACUGAACAACGAGCGCCAAGUCCAUCUAGACAGAGAAAAGGAGCGCGAGAAAGAGGGCUGGGGUCAGUGGAUUUGGCGAAAUGGCAAAUGGGCAGCUUCCAAAGUUGCUCAUCCACUGACUGACGAAAAGAACAUUCACUAUGAAGAGCGACGACACGCAUGGGGUGUUGGAGAUCUGAAUGAUAGUUUCACUACCAUGUAUAAAGCCAAUGGAUCGAAACCACGCACACCAGGUCGCUAUGCUCUUGAUAAGAAAGGCAAUAAGCUGGGCGAAACACAUGAAUAUAUUCACCCAACUACGGGAUUCAGAGUUGAACAGCUGGAUAAGAAAUCAGAAGAAGCGAGGACACAGAAGGACCAUAGGGAUCACAAGAACUGGGAAAAAUUGAGAUACAGACCUAUUGGCCUAGAGGGUGACAAGUACAAACGCCAGAAGAAAGUCGAUAAGCAAGGAAAGGUGACAGCAUAUGAGUAUGUUUUCAAGUACAAAGAUUGUUCAGAGACGCUACCAGAAUGGCGAUUAGGUGACGCGGAUUGCUAUGAGAGGCUAGCUCUUGAAGGCUCCGCUGCAUAUGACUAUGUCGAUGAGCUUGAUCGAACUUUGGAAACUGGUAUUAAGACUGUUCGUCUUGAUUUCUGGGGCGAUAAAGCGUCGUCGUUUCAAGUCGUCUCUAAUUAA